UCAAUAAGACUCAGCAACGUUAGCUUGUUAGCUUGUUAGCCGUCUUCCCAAUGUGCCAGGUGGAUGAGGACUACCACGAGCAGCUGCAGCCUGCGGAGGGACCCAGUGUUUCUAAGAAAUGUGUGAAGUGCAAAGAGGCGCCUGCAGCUGUGGUCAUCCGAGCAGGAGACACGUUCUGCAGGGGCUGUUUCAAGGAAUACUUCAUCCAUAAGUUCAGAGCCAUGCUGGGCAAAAACAGGGUGAUUUUCCCUGGAGAGAAGGUGCUGCUGGCGGUGUCUGGAGGUCCGUCUUCCUGCUCAAUGCUCCGUCAAGUCCAAGAGGGUUUGAGUCAGAACGCUCACAAGAAGUUGAGAUUCUUACCCGGCAUUGUCUUCAUUGAUGGUGGUGCUGUAGGCCAGUCUGUGGAGGACAGACAGAGGACGCUGGCUGAGCUGCAGGCUGUUUUCAAAGCAACUGGUUUCCCCUUCCACAUGGUGCCUCUGGAACAGGUUCUGGACCUUCCCAGUUCGGUGUUGGCGGCUGGCCCCGCCCUCUCAGAGCAACCAGCCAGCGCCUACAAAGCAGCUGUCGAUCAUUUCAUUCAGAGCGACAGCAGAAGCAGUGCGCCGCCACGGCAACAGGAGGAAACGUCCCUACCUCGUGUUCAGGAGUCCCAAAGACAGUUACUGCAGCAGCUGAUUGGCUCUGCCAAGACACUGACAGCCAGAGAAGACCUGCUCAACACGCUAAGGCAGCAUCUGCUGGUGCACACCGCUCGGACUGAAGGCUACAGUAAGCUGAUGCUGGGAGACAACUGCACCCGACUGGCUGUAAAGCUGCUCACCAGCAUAUCGCUGGGCAGAGGGGCCCAGCUGGCUCAGGACACGGGUUUCUCAGACUCCAGAUAUGGUGAUACAAUACUAGUGAGGCCAAUGAGGGACUACUCAGCUAAAGAGAUCGCGUACUACAACCGCAUGUUCAGCGUGCCCUCGGUUUUCCUACCAAGCCUGGACACCAAGACGACAGACAAGUCCAGCAUCCAGCGUCUGACGGAGAGCUUUGUCACCACGCUGCAGGCAGACUUCCCCUCUACAGUCAGCACCAUCUACAGGACCAGUGAGAAGCUGCAGACAGCCUGUAGGAGCUCCUCCACAGCCGACCCCUGUGACAGAUGUCUGCUCUGCAUGUGCGCCCUGGACACUGCUGUGGAGAAGGCUUCUGCCUUCAGGGCCACACUGAUCUCAGAGCAGCUGUCCCAGACUAGAUCUCCAGGAGGGAGCGGUGCUGAGAUCCCCCGACAGAACUCAGCUCCAGUGGAACCAGAACCACCUGCCCCCUCUGGAGGUUGCUGCUCCUCUGGUGGAGAGAAUUGUGUAAAAGCAGCGAGUGGUGGAGGCUGCUGUUCAUCUGCCAAGGCACCAGAGACCGGCGAUCUGAGGAGUCUGCUGUGUUACAGCUGUAAGCUGACCGUCAAAGACAUGUCGUCGGUGGAGCGUCUCCCACAGUACAUCCUGUCAGAGGCUCACAGGAGGCAGAGGAGGUCUCAGAUGAGAGAGGAGAUCAGCGAGUUCCUGCUGGAAGAUGAAGAUGAUGGUGAUGAAGGCCAUUAGAGGGAGAAGUAAAGCAGACUGUUCACCUCCAGGAGUCCACUGUGAAGAAAAUGGACAAGACAAAAUGUACAACCUGCAGGGAGUGGAGAAAUAAUAAAUAAUUAAGUAUAGUAUACAUUUUGUACAAAAGCAGUCAUAAUCUAAAUCUGGUUCUAAUUCUGGUUCAAAUCAUGGCAUAAUUCAUACAGUAUGUACACUCACACACAC